UGGACCUUAUGACAGCUUAUCAAGAGGAAAUGCAGCACACAGACCUCAAGAUGAUAAUGGUCAUGUGGAUUAAAGUGGUGCUGUUUAAUACAUUUGAUCCUGCACAAACAAACAGCGUCCAUCAGCCGAACCCGGUGAUCACUGCUACUGCUGGUGAUAACGUGACUCUACAGUGCUUUCUGCUGGGAGAACAAAAUACUGAACCCAUCGUCUGGUACAAGCAAGCAGGAGGACACGAACCUUCUUUAGUGGCUGUGGUACAGAAAGCACAGGAUCCCAUUUACAAAGAUGAAUUCAAUCCUCCAAGGUUCAGAAUCGAGAAAGGAAGCAAGAACUGUCAUUUGAGAAUAAUCAACGUGAACCCAUCAGAUGAGGCCAUGUAUUAUUGUGGCUUAAUUCCAUUUUACACAGUAUUUGCAAAAGGAACAUUUUUAUCAGUGAAAGGUGAUGGAGAUGUAAAAUUGUCAGUGUUCCAGAGCGGCAUGUCGGACUCGGUUCCUGCAGGAGCGUCAGUGACUCUGCAGUGCUCGGUUCUCUCUGAGAGCAGAUCAGCAGAACUCCAAGUGCUCUGGUUCAGAGCUGCUCCACCACAAUCCCAUCCUCAAAUCAUUUACACUCAUCACAACAGCAGCCAUCAGUGUGAGAGCGGCUCUUCUACACACACCUGUGUGUACAGCUUCUCCAAGAACAUCCUCAGCCUCAAUGAUACUGGAACUUACUACUGUGCUGUGGCCGUGUGUGGGAAGAUCAUUUUUGGGAACGGGACACGAGUACAAUUGAAAGAAUCUGUGGAUCCUGUAGUGAUCUUCCUCGCUGUAGCUUUGGGAGUGUGUGUGAUUGUGAUCUCUGUUCAAGUUGUUUUAUUCUGUAAAUGGAGGAACCGUGAACAACACACACAGAGACAAAGCGCUGGACAAACAAACACUCAGGACCGUGACUCUGUGGAGCUGAAUUAUGCUGCCUUACAUUUUAAUGAAAAGAAAAGCAAAGGAGGAAGAAAAAGCAGAGAACGACCUCAAGACAGCGUGUAUUCUGAAGUCAGAUCUCUCGCCAUGACUUAAAUUAUACGUCUUCAAUUGUUUAUUUUGUUCACUAGAAUUUUAUUUGUUUUCGAGUCUGAUCAGGAAUAAAGUUUCUACUGGUGGUCUGCUCAUCUCAUUUUAAUCUCAAACACUGACAUCAAACAAGCUGUGAUAUUAACUGUUACUAAUUAAGAAAGGAGUGAUGAAAUGACAAAAAAA